CUGCGGGCGGGGCGGCGCCUGGUGGAGGGCAGGGCUCCCCGGCCCAGCUCCGCCCCCGAGGGGCGCUGCCACCCGGAGGAGGCGGGCGCCGAGCUCCUCAUUCAUUGUCUUGACAAGAGCAUCCUCGGCGGCCAGGCUCCUCCGGCGCCUUCCUCCUCCCGCUCCUCCUCGGCGCCCUCCUCUACCGGGGGCCCCUCCUCUCUCGGCGGCAGGAUGAGCCGGCAGGUGGUGCGUUCCAGCAAAUUCCGCCAUGUGUUUGGCCAGCCAGCCAAGGCUGACCAGUGCUAUGAGGAUGUGCGGGUGUCACAGACCACCUGGGACAGUGGCUUCUGUGCCGUCAACCCCAAGUUUGUGGCCCUGAUCUGUGAGGCCAGUGGGGGAGGUGCCUUCCUGGUGCUGCCUCUGGGCAAGACGGGACGAGUGGACAAGAAUGUGCCCACGGUGUGCGGCCACACAGCCCCUGUGCUGGACAUUGCCUGGUGCCCACACAAUGACAACGUCAUCGCCAGUGGGUCAGAGGACUGCACAGUCAUGGUGUGGGAGAUCCACGAUGGGGGCUUGGUGCUGCCCCUGCGGGAGCCCGUGGUCACCCUGGAGGGUCACACCAAGCGCGUGGGCAUCGUGGCUUGGCACCCCACAGCGCAGAACGUGCUUCUCAGUGCAGGCUGUGACAACGUGAUCCUGGUGUGGGACGUGGGCACCGGGGCUGCCAUGCUGACGCUGGGCUCCGAUGUGCACCCUGACACCAUCUACAGCGUGGACUGGAGCCGCGAUGGCAGCCUCAUCUGCACCUCCUGCCGGGACAAGCGCGUCCGCAUCAUCGAGCCCCGCAAAGGGACCAUCGUGGCUGAGAAGGACCGCCCCCAUGAGGGGACCCGGCCUGUGCGGGCCGUGUUCGUGUCGGAUGGAAAGAUUCUCACCACUGGCUUCAGCCGUAUGAGCGAGCGGCAGGUGGCGCUGUGGGACACGAAGCACCUAGAGGAGCCGCUAUCCCUGCAGGAGCUGGACACGAGCAGCGGUGUCCUGCUGCCCUUCUUCGACCCCGACACCAACAUCGUCUACCUCUGUGGCAAGGGAGACAGCUCCAUCCGCUACUUCGAGAUCACGUCGGAGGCCCCGUUCCUGCACUAUCUUUCCAUGUUCAGCUCCAAGGAGUCCCAGCGCGGCAUGGGCUAUAUGCCCAAACGUGGCCUGGAGGUGAACAAGUGUGAGAUCGCCAGGUUCUACAAGCUGCAUGAGCGGAAGUGUGAGCCCAUUGCCAUGACGGUGCCCAGGAAGUCGGACCUAUUCCAGGAAGACCUAUACCCACCCACGGCCGGCCCUGAUGCUGCCCUCACAGCUGAGGAGUGGCUGGGGGGUCGGGACGCGGGGCCCCUUCUGAUUUCCCUCAAAGAUGGCUAUGUGCCCUCCAAGAGCCGGGAACUGAGGGUCAACCGGGGCUUGGACACGGGGCGCAGGAAGACGGCACAAGAAGCCAGUGGCACUGCCAACUCGAAUGCUGUGUCCCGACUGGAGGAGGAGAUGAGGAAGCUCCAGGCCACCGUGCAGGAGCUACAGAAGCGCUUGGAGACGCUGGAGGAGAUAGUCCAGGCCAAGUAGAGGCCUCCAGGCCCUUCAACUGAGGCCCAACACCAUCACCAUCACCCCCAACCCCUUCCCUUCCAACCAUACCCCCACUCCUCAGGCCAUAGUGGCAAAUGACAGAAUAAUAAAAUGGUUCUAUUUUCUGGUA